GUUGGCUCCUGCCGGGGAGGAGCUGGGAUGCCGCUCCCACGAUGAUGCAGGGUGGAAUUUGCUGACAGUCCCUUGGCAGGUGGGGCUGGCUUCACCAAGCCGGUGAGGAGGACCGCUUGGCAGUCUCCUCGCAGAGCCUCGGACCAGCCGCCUUGGUGGCCAGGAGUCGAGCAGGGCUGUGGCCGGGCCGCUCGGAAGCACCUGACAACAGAUCGAGAGGAGGGACAGCCGGUGACAGCUCGUCUGCCUAAGCCCCAGACCUCACCUGCUGCCCAGUAGCCUGGCAGCGGGGCGGAGCCUCCAGGCCGGAGUUGGACCCUCCCUGGAGAACUGACUCAGGGAGCCUUGCAGGAUGGCUGCCUCGCCGGGCAACCUGAACGUGGUGGAAAAGACACAGAACAUGUCGGCGAGCGAAUGCUUUCAGUACCGGAGCACCGUCCUUCGGGGGCAGCCCUUCGGGGGCAUCCCCACUGUGCUGUGCCUCAACGUGGUCUUGUGGGUGCUCAUCAUCUUGGUGUACUCCUUCCUCCGGAAAGCUGCGUGGGACUAUGGGCGCCUGGCUCUGCUGAUACACAACGACAGCCUGACCUCGCUGAUCUAUGGGGAGCAGAGUGAGAAGACGUCACCCUCCGAUGUUUCCCUGGAGAUGGAGCACAAGGACAAGGGCUUCUAUUCCUGGUUCUUCAACACCAUCACCAUGAAGAACAAAGAUCUGAUCAGCAAGUGUGGAGACGAUGCCCGCAUCUACAUCUCGUUCCAGUACCAUCUCAUCAUAUUUGUGUUCAUCCUCUGCAUCCCGUCCUUGGGCAUCAUCCUCCCCAUCAACUACACUGGGAACCAACUGGAAAAGAACAGUCACUUUGGCCGGACUACCAUCAUCAAUGUCUCCACAGAGAGUAAGAUCCUGUGGCUGCAUAGCUUCUUCUCCUUCCUCUACUUCAUCACCAACCUCUUGUUUAUGACUCAUCACUGCUCAGGGUUUGUGCUCAAGAAGAGCUCCAAGGUCUCAAGGACACUGAUGAUCACCUAUGUCCCCAGAGACAUCCAAGACCCAGAAGUCAUCAUUAAGCACUUCCAAGAGGCCUACCCAGGGUGCGUGGUGACCAGAGUCCACUUCUGCUACGACGUCAGGAACCUGAUUGACUUGGACGAUCAGAGGCGCCAUGCAAUGCGGGGCCGGCUCUACUACACAGCCAAGGCCAAGAAGAGUGGGAAGGUGAUGAUCAAGACCCACCCUUGCUCUCGCCUGUGCUUUUGCAAGUGCUGGACCUGCUUCAAAGAGGUAGACGCAGAGCAGUACUACAGUGAGCUGGAGGAGCAGCUGACCGACGAGUUCAACGCUGAGUUCAACCGAGUUCGGCUGAAGCGUCUGGACCUGAUCUUCGUCACCUUCCAGGACUCCAGGAUGACGAAGCACAUCCUGGAGGACUACAAGUACAUCCAGUGUGGCGUGUACCCCCAACAGUCCUCGGUGACCACCGUCCUCAAAUCCUACCACUGGAGGGUUGCCCUUGCCCCACACCCCAAAGACAUCAUUUGGAAAAACCUGUCCAUUCGCCGCUUCUACUGGUGGGCCCGCUUCAUCACGAUCAACACCUUCCUCUUCUUCCUCUUCUUCUUCCUCACCACACCGGCCAUCAUCAUCAACACCUUUGACAUGUACAAUGUCACUCGCCCCAUCGAGAAGCUGCAGAGCCCGAUCGUGACCCAGUUCUUCCCCUCCCUGAUGCUCUGGGCCUUCACAGUGAUCCUGCCUCUCAUUGUCUACCUCUCUACCUUCCUCGAGGCCCACUGGACCAGGUCAAGUCAGAAUCUGUUCGUGGUGCACAAGUGCUACAUCUUUCUGGUGUUCAUGGUGGUCAUUCUGCCCUCGAUGGGGCUGACCAGUUUGGACGUCUUUCUCCGCUGGCUGUUCGACAUCUACUACCUGGAGGAGGCAUCCAUCAGGUUCCAGUGUGUGUUCCUGCCGGACAACGGCGCCUUCUUCGUCAACUACGUGAUCACAGCCUCUCUGCUCGGCACGGGCAUGGAGCUGAUGCGCCUGGGCUCACUCUUCCUCUACAGCACCCGCCUCUUCUUCUCCAGGUCGGAGCCGGAGAGAGUCCACAUCAGAAAGGACCAGGCCAUAGACUUCCAGUACGGGCGAGAAUACGCGUGGAUGAUGAACGUCUUCAGCGUGGUGAUGGCCUAUAGCAUCACCUGCCCCAUCAUCGUCCCUUUUGGGCUGCUGUACCUGUUCAUGAAGCACAUCUCAGACCGCUACAACAUGUACUACUCCUACGCGCCCACCAAGCUCAACGAGCAGAUCCACAUGGCCGCCGUCAACCAGGCCAUCUUCGCGCCGCUGCUGGGUCUGUUCUGGAUGCUCUUCUUCUCCAUCCUCCGACUAGGGUCGCUGCACAGCAUCACCAUCUUCUCCCUGUCCACCCUCAUCAUCUCCAUGGUCAUCGCCGUCGUGGGCAUUCUUCUGGGGAAGUUCCGGAGCACACGCACCUAUGAGCUGGAGGAGGAGAUGGAGACCGUGUUUGACAUGGAGCCAAGCAGCACGUCCUCUACGCCCACCUCCCUUAUGUACGUGGCCACCGUGCUGCAAGAGCCAGAGAUGAACCUGACUCCAGCCUCUUCCCCUGCCCAGCACACCUACGGCACCAUGGACAGAGAGCCGGAAGAGGAAGAAGAAGAAGAAGAAGAAGAAGAAGAAGAGGAGGAGGAGAACGCUGUGAGGGGCUUCGACAGGGAGCUGGACUCGGCCCAGUUCCAGGAAGGCCUGGAACUGCAGGGCCAGAGCCAGUACCACUGACCAGGACCCGAGGCCUCCCCCUGGCGACUCCAGCCGGGAGUGGCGGCCAUGGGAGGGCCAGGCAGGGAGCGGCAAGGGGGCGGCCUGGACCCCCACCACUUCCUGCAGACUUUAGAAAGGCCUGAUGAAGACGUCUGCCAACCUGGCCAUUGGCUGAGUGAAGGCCCCGGCCUGCCAGCCAGCUAGGAUGGGAGGUGCUGGGCGGUGCACAGGGACCCCCGGACGGAGCAGAGGAUGCCGGCCAGCACCACGUCUUGGGAGAGGUGGCCGAAGCCUGGGGCACAGAGACGCAAGGCUGGGGGACCUACCUGGGGUCAAGAUGGAGAAAUGUGUGUAUAAAGGAAGAGGCAGAAAGAAACCCACGAAAGACUCUCCCGGGUCUCUGCACCCUUCCACCAGCUACCCCACCGAGGAACUCCUGCGGCUGCGCCUGCCCCUGCCCCACCCCCACUCGUGGCCCACCCCUCCCCUGCGGUCUGUGGAAGUGAAGGUGUGUGUGCUGGGCCUCGUCAACACAACGCAGGUGACUGACUCACCCAGGUGCCCUGCAUGAGGGACUGUAAAGAAGACAUUUCUGCACCCACCGGAGCAAGGGGCAGCUGAGAGCCCAGACCUGAGAGAAGGUGACCGAGGCCCUUCCUGUUCCUCUGGCCCUGACGGAUGUCCCCAGGGGCAGCAGGGCAGAGACCCUUCUCCUUGCCAUUCCUGUAAGGGGAGCUGGGACACGAUCCCUCGGGGCUCAUUAAAUGG